AUGUCCCAACGACUAGCCGAGAAAGAAGCGCUCAGUUCUCUCGAAAGCUUAGCCCCUGAGUUGAUCGACCUCAUCUUAUGCGAGGUCACCUCCAUCUCCGACCUCGCAAACUUCAUCCUAUCUUCACGGACUAUCUACACCCGAUUCGAGUUACGCAAACAGAUCAUCCUUCUCCGUGUUCUGCAAAAUGAACUGGGACCUGUCUUUGUCGAUGCACGGUUUCUUUACCGAUUCCCAUGUGCCAAAAUCGUGGAUGAAAACGGCCGCAGGGACAAAUACUGUGCUUAUUUGGAAACAAUGGGCAAUGUCUACCACAACCUUGUUACCAGACAUGCCCGUGGAGAUGAUGAACCCUUGGACAUGGACGAAUUGAAUCAGUUGUGUCGUAUGCAGCAUUCUGUCAGUAAAUUCGCUGAGAAAUAUCUCUGGUUCAUGCUCGAUCAGCUAUUUGGACGUCAAGUUUCCGAAGAAGACCAACGCAAACAUACUGUUAGCGACAAAGAAGCGGCAACAUUCCAAGAUGCAUUCUCUAUUAUAACAGCUCCGGCCUCUCGCAGUGAGCGCCUGCGCAUAAUUAGAGCGAUCUAUCGUCGCCAGAUAAUCUGCCAUGCCUGGGCUCCUUUCGAGCGCCGUAAACUAGACGUCUGGACCUUCCAGGAGGUAGCCGCCUUGGCCGAACCCGUGUUAGGGUCGCAAAUCCCCAACCCAAGGCAAUCUGGGUUUGAAACAUCGAGCAGGAAAGGCAAGAGUCUUCUUGCACAGUUUGAGCCGUGGGAGAUGGAGCAGGUUGUUCACAUCGACAACUUUAUCACAGAGUUAUGUAUCACACUGACUGAGGUGGCCGAACUGGAAGAGGCAGCAAGGACUGGCGCAGUGAUACAGCCGAUGCUACAACGGAUACGCAAACCUAAACAGCAACCACAGUAUGAGGCCCGGCUAGCCGCGUUUGCUGAUAUCUUCCUCAACAUCACCAACCUGGUGCACUAUAUGGACACUCAUCAGGACAUAAUGGACGUAGCGAUAAGUGCCCUGCUGGGCCAAGAACUCCCGAAUUGGCCUCUUCUAGGUAUGCGCAAGUCCCGCAUCCGGGACAUGUACGCUACCGAGUUGGAACUCAGGCCGCUGUUCGCUCCCUUCCAGGUUGACCGGAUGAUAUUGGACCCGGCGCGUGAUCGACUGGAGCGGGAGCGCAGCCCGCUCGAGUUCGUUGGCGAUGACGGAGACAACUCACUGAAGCACCCGCCAUUCGGUUGGAUUGAUGCGCUUGGUGGACGGUACCUCAACUGGUGGGGUAACGCAUUCGAUAUGGUGCUUUGGAGUCCCAGGCCCCCAGACCGCCUGGAGGAGUAUGAUCUUGCUGAGCAGGAAAGUCAUAUCAAGAAUGUGGAGUUGUUUGUCAAUUAUGGUUUUGUGUUUUGGGACCAGCCUCGAGUUGAAGCUCUGAAAAGGCUUGAAAAGUGUAAGGACCUUCAACGGGGUUGGAUGAACAAGUUGGAGUACGGGGCUACUGUUUAUCACCAUUAA